AACACGGCACAAUCGUGGCAGUUUAACACUAGACAGCCCAAAGAACUAGAGGCUAGUCCAGUAAUAGCCAAAAAUGUUUUCGAAUAAGUUGAUCUUCAUUUUACAAGUUUCACAUGUCUGUUGCGGCAACUGGGUAAGUGCCUCAGAUUGGAUGACGCCAGUGCAAGAUGAAUUUGGAUCAGUUAAAGAUAUUAACGCUCGCUUGAAUUACGACGCCGACCUGAAACAGUAUGAAGAUCAAGAACUACAAAUUCCCAACCAAGAGCUCCCAAAAACGCUGACAAAGGCCAAUGAGAGCAACGAAGCUUCCGAACUGGGUAGCUAUGUGUCUACGCCCACGCUUCAGGCGAAGCUGGAGGCCGCGCUGAACCUCGCGAAGGGACUAGCUGCGAAGCUUCGAGGGAAAAUAGCUUUGUUAAGUGAACGGGAAGCUACACUGAAAGAUACUAUUGCUAAAGGAAGAUCAGGUGUAUCGGUGGUGACAGUCCAUACGCUAUCACGAGCGCCGCGUUCAUAUCUUGUCCGCGACGACGCCUGGGCGAGCUGUCAGGGGGUGCUUCAGCUCUCGUACGGGACCGCGGGCCCCACGUGCGUCGGUGUUGAGGUACUUGACAGGACAUACGCUGUAUACCUCGUCCGCGACGGCGCCUGGGCGAGCUGUCAGGGGAUGCUUCAGCUCUCGUACGGGACUGCGGGCCCCACGUGCGUCGGUGUUGAGACCCCGACGAAGCCAGACCCGUGCGUGUUCAACUCCGUCACCAAGUACGAGACGAUUCCGAUACGACGGCGAUCGGAGUACGCGGAGGACGACUUUCUUUGCCUGAAGAGUAGCUUCAACACUACGCUGGAUCGGUACUUGAGCGUGCCUAGAACGGUUAUCAACGACACUUGCAAAAAUGGUGUAGUGCGAAGCCUGGAAGACAACGUUGUAGAAUGCGGUGUUCGGGUACUCUCCGAGUACGUGUACUACCCCGGCGCGGCGGCGCGUGUACCCCGCGAGUACUGCGACUCCGACCCGCCGGGCGCCUGCCACCUGCUUGCUGCCUGGCAUCUCUCAAACACCACCAUUGAGAACUUUGAGUUUUUAAAAGAUGACCCUGCGUUUAAAGCCUAUUUUAUUAAGAAUCAAUGAACAUUAAUAAAAU